UUAGAUCCCGUGAACCGCGUACUAAACUUUUGUUUAAUGGCCGCCUCCAUGAAAUCAACAAAAUGGCACAAUGGAGUUUAAAUCAAUAUUUUAAUGUGUUAUAUAACAGCUUACAGCAGUAUGAUGGAGAAAAGGCGGGGGAACUGCUAGGCUUCAACCAUCCACAUGUUGCAAAUCCCAGGCUUCAACUUGAGAAGCCGGAAUCAGCAGUCAGUCGUGUGUUUGAACCCCCAUGGGAGGAUGUAGUUGCUGCUCAUUUAAGAUGUAGCUGGGCUGUAGCAAAUGGUGAUUUUGUUGAAGCUUACGAUUGUCAGUCAUUUAUAGUGUUAUCAUUUUCAAAGAUAUUUCAGAGUCAAAAAGAUGAGAACUGGUCUCUGCCUCUUUUGUUUGCUAUAUGUUUAGAUCUGAGACUGUUUGCCAAUAAGGCUGAUCAGCAGGCUGUGAGACAAGGAAAGGGAAAAUAUGGCGAGAGAUUAGAAAAGGCCGCUGAUACUCUCAUGGGAUGUUUCCGAGUUUGCGCCAGUGACAACCGGGCAGCUAUUGAAGAUACUAAGAAAUGGGGGAUGUUGAAUCUUGUAAAUCAAUUGUUUAAGAUUUACUUUAAGAUAAACAAACUGCAUCUGUGUAAGCCAUUGAUUCGUGCAAUAGAUAGUUUACCAAUGAAAGACAAAUUUAGCCUGUCUCACCUUAUAACAUUUAGAUAUUAUGUGGGACAAAAAGCCAUGUUUGAUGGUGAUUUUAAGAAAGCUGAAGAGUAUCUGAGUUUUGCUUUUGAACAUUGCCAUAGAGAAAGUACCAAAAAUAAGAGAUUGAUUCUACAGUUUCUGGUUCCAGUUAAAAUGUUGCUGGGACAGAUGCCAAAAUCUGAGUUACUGAGGAAAUAUGAUCUCUUAGCCUUUUUAGAAGUGUCAGAGGCAGUCGGGUCAGGUAAUAUUCGUCAACUGAAUGCAGUGAUGGAGAAACACGAACACUAUUUCAUCAAGUGUGGAAUUUAUCUUAUCCUUGAAAAACUGAAGAUUAUUGCCUACAGAAAUUUGUUCAAAAAAGUAUAUUUGAUAAAGAAAACUCACCAGUUGCCUAUACAGUCAUUUACGAGAGCUUUACAGUGGAUGGAGGUAGAAGAAAUAGACGAUGAUGAAACAGCAUGUAUUGUAGCCAAUCUUAUAUGUGAUAACAAAAUAAAGGGAUACAUUUCCUAUCAGCAUCAGAAGUUGGUUGUCAGUAAACAGAAUCCAUUCCCACAGCUGUCAACAGUUAUAUAGAACUACUGCACGUGUCUUGAUACUUCAAAUAUGUGUACAUACAAUCAUAGACCAAGCUGACUGUUGAUGUAUAUAGUGGCAUGACUUUAUGUUGGAUGUGGAUUGACCAGGUCAAUCUUGACCACGCAGACUGUUUCUGUACAUAUUGGCAUGACUACUAUUGGAUUAAACUCACUACAGUGUUGGAACAGUACCUCUAGACGCUUGCAGAAAUCAUGAUCACAAAAUAGACAAAUUUAUUAAUUUCUUUUCGCCGAUUCUUACAUUUUUCAUUUAUUAUCGUAUAUAAAUCGGUGUGAAGAGAUGAAUAAGACCUUUAAAAUUCAUUCUGUUGGAUGAAAAUGCGAAAUUUUAGCAUUAAAUCAUUCAAGCGCCUUGUCUGGUAUAUACUGGAAUAUGGUAUUUAGUGUGGUGCUCCAAUCCUUUUUUUAGUCUCAGUCAACUUCUAUUUUGAUGGACCUCUAUGAUCAUUGACCAAGCUGACUGUUUCUGUACAUAGUGGCAUGAUUUCUAUUGGAUAUUGAUGGACCUUGUCACCUGCUACAGACAAUCUGAUGUACUCUUACAGUGACUUUGAACCAUUUCAGAGCCGACUGCAUAUGUUUUAUGAUGACAAAUUGUACAGCUAACCAUCAAGCUUAUUAUAAUCUGUAAAUAGUGAAGUGACAAAUAUUGAUAGUCAAUAACCCUUGUAGUGACACAUUCUGGUACAGUGGCUCUGGAACUUGUCACACAUAGUGUUUUAUAUUGAUGAUUUUUCUGAGCUUGUCUGCUAUUAGUAUGUUUACAAGCUGAUGUAUGUGUACUUUGGGCCAUAUGUGUUCAUAUUUUUAAAAUAAGUAUAAUAAGUUCUUAUCUAAAUUAAAUUAGAAAUGGCUAAAUAAGAAACCAUACAAGAACAGUGAGUUAAGAUUUUCAAUUUUAUCCUGGAUCUACUGGUUUUUAACUUAUGAUUAAUUGUAUCAGAUGGAAAAGUGUAUGUUUGGAAGAACUGUUCAAUUGUGUCAUAAAUAAAUUAUUCAUGUAUAACAUUAAUUAAUGUGAACAAGUAUGUAUUAAGUCAAUGGAUGUAAAGAAUGAAUAAAAUAACAAAUAAUGUGCGAGUGAUCUUGCUGUAAUUGUAGAUUUUUUUGUUUAUUACAAAUGCAUUUCCUAUACAUGUAACAUCAAUAUAUUGUACAAUUCAGAUAAAAUAUAAUUGUAGAUUUAAUAGGACAGUAGUAUAAAGGGAAGAGUUACCUAUGCCUUCGCCUUCGACAAUAUCUUAUUGGGGGUUGAAUCUGUAACUGAAACAUUUUGUUAAUUGUAAACUAUUGAUGUACCUAAAAGAAGAUAUAAUGUCAAAUUUGUUUGAAUUUCUAUAUAAUAAGAAAUUUGGGAGAGUUAAUACUUAGGGAAAAGUUUAGUCAGGUGAAUUUCUUGUAAUAUUAGAUGUUGUAGAAAAUACGAAGAAAUGAAAAAACAACUAGAAAAAGAA